AUGACUGGUCAUUCUUCAUGGGAAGAACAACGUUUCUUAUAUCCUCAUGAUAUUCGAGAUAAAUUUCCCGUUUGGGAACGAGAAUUUAAUAUUGAACCAUUUAAAUACGAACGUUCACGUUUACCAUUUCGUUUAACAAACGAAGAUCGUUUAUGGCGUAAACAAUGGCUUCAAGAUCAAGUUUUAGCAGUUAAUGAACCGAAAUUUGUACCGAACUUACAUAAAAUUCAUAAAAAUCCUGUUCGUUACAGAUGGAUGGUAUUUUGGGAUAGUAUAUUCAAUCGUUUACGUCCUGUUGUCGGUAAUACUACAUCAUCUAUGCUUCGUCAAACAGUUCCAAAAUUGCUCCUUGUUCAAUUAGGUAUUUGGAGCUGGAUAUACAUGGUACUUUAUCAUAAACAGGAUUGGGAAAAAUGGGGUGGAUAUCAAGUGUAUGGUUAUAAAGGAAAAUUUGUUGCGAAUGUCAGUCCAUGGAAAACCCUCGAUUCAACGGAUUAUGUCGAUCGUGGAUUUAAAGAACGUACAACAAACCGUUGGCCCGAACACAAAUACUAG